AUGUUUGAGAUGCGGCUGGAGUCGUACGAGGAGACGCUGGAUGAGGCGCGGACCGCCGGACGCCGGUCAGCGACGAGUCCGAAGCGUCGUCGCCGCGUGCAGCCGGGCUACGAGACGGUCAGCGCCGACCUUGACGAGGUCAACCGACGCUACCUUGAGCUCGCCGCCGUCGUCAUAGAACAAGUGAACAGUCUGACGAGAAUUCUUAGCACGACCACGACGAUACAUUUGCAGCAGCUUCCACCGAUAAAGCUGGAAACCUACCAAGCAGGCGUGCAGAUCGAGCCAACAGAUGUGUCCACAGAUACCCUCAUGCACAUCACUACAG